UUAUUUUCCCCUGACACAUGAUGCUGCAAGAACCUGGGAGAAAUCCUGAGGAAAUUGCAAAUAGCAACUGUCACCCCACUUCAGGGUGGUCAUGAACAAAUCUCCUUGAAUAAUAACAGAAAAACUUUCUUUUCAGUGAAAUUCCCUGUUUAUGACAACGGCCAGAUUUAUGACCAGGUAUAUAUUGCACUGGGACUCCUGAGGGACCAGCCAAGUGUUUCUCCAGGGAGAAGAAGAAAGGAACUCUUCAGCUGCCUGUUCUGAGACUCUGCUUUAAGGGGAGCAAGAGCCCUUCACUGAAAUCCUGCCACCAUGCUGGGGCUGCUGCUGCUGCAGGUGUUGGCCAGCUGCCUCUGGCUGGGACACAGCGAGGUGGUGAACUCCUUUGAAACUUCAUGUCCUCAGUUUUUUUUCCGGGAGAUCCCCCCGAAUGAAGCCCUGGAGCCACAGAAACCAGCCUGGAUCUGCCAGCGCUACAAGAACCAGUACUACUUUGCCACCCUGUAUGACAGGAUGAUGCGUAUUCCUGUCUACUCUGCUUACAUCUACCAGCCUGGACCAGGCAAAAGACCUAAAACUUGGCUGGUUGAGCCUCAGCUGAUUGGCCCAACUUAUCCCAAAACUAUGGAAAAAGAGUGGACACUCUUAAAUCAAUACAAUGUCACCUUAGAGAAACUCAGCCAGAGCCAGGCUAUCCUUCAUGACUACAAGAACCUGACGGGUUUGAACCGGGGCCAUUUGAACCCCAAUGGCCACCACGAUGACUACAGCAGCAGGAUGGCCACCUUCACCCUCACCAACAUAGUGCCCCAGGAUGAGAAACUCAACGGCGGCGCCUGGAACAACUAUGAGCAGCAAACGAUGAUCAGGAGGACCCAGGACUGCAAAACCACCUAUGUCAUCGUGGGUGCUGUGCCUGGGAACAACUACAUUGCCAAAGGGAGGGUUAAUAAACCCAGCCACCUUUGGUCAGCUGCCUGCUGCGUGGUGGACAACAACUACAUAAAGGCUUGGGCAGUCAUUGCUGAGAAUGACAGGAACCAGGUUCAGCUCCUCACACUGGGAGAGCUGGAGGACACGUUAACUGAGCUCUAUGGGAGGGGACAGGUUUCCCUGUUUGACAGUGACUGCCCCCGAGAAUAAGCCUCACAUCCUGGCUGGAACUGGCUCAGGAGCUUUUGCCAUAUGUCAUAGAACCACAGAAAGGUUUCGGUUUCAAGGAAUUUCAAAGACCGUACCUGUAGUCUCAGCUCCUGAGCCAUGAGCAGGGACACCUUCCACUAUCCUUGGUGGCUCCAAGCACUGUCCCGUGCUAGUAAGUUUCUUUGUUAUGAAACUGUGAUGUUAUAAAAUACAUAUGGGUUUGUUCCUGAGCAAUGUCCACCCAUUCCCCUGUCCAUCUACUUAAAGACCAACCCCUUAUUUCAGAACCUUUCCUGACACUGAGGGAGACCCUGCCCUCAUCCUUUGUCCUUCACAGAAACCCCAUCUUUGUUUCCAGAAACUUCUGUGUCCAUCCUGGAUCCCACGAUACCUAUUGGUCUGCUUGGCCUGCUCUCCUCCCCUGUUGUGUCCCAUUGGAUGUCAUGAUGUGUACCCCACCUUGUGCCCCUCCCCAUGUGUCUCAGUACUGGUCCAAGUUUGUAUCCUCCCCUGUUCCCUCCCCCAUACUUAAGAUGCUGUUACCCUGUUGGAACUGUCACUUGUUUCUGGAUCCUGUCGGAUUAAAGCCUUUUGAGAACCUAUACAAGUGAUCCCUCUCUUUUCCUUUACUCUGGACUCCCUGACUCAGGAUUCUAGCAGCAGCUGCACAGAGCAGCUUUGCUGCCUCUGAGGGUGAGGCUGCCCUGCUUUACUGCCCCCCAGAGCGGCCCAAGGGGCAGAUGGGGAGCAGCCACUCUUGGCAUGGGCCAGGAGCUUGGGCUAGCAGUGGUCAUCUCCAAGCGGUCAGCCUGUGUCACUGUCCAGCCUGGCUUUGAACACUUCCAGGGAUGGAGCAGCCCGUGGCACUGUCCAGCGUGCCUUUGAACACUUCCAGGGAUGAAGCUGCCACAACUUCUCUGGACCACCUAUGGCAGGGCCUCACCAUUCUCACAGUAAAGAAUUUCUUCUUAACAUCUAAUCUAACCCCAUCUGCUUUCAGUUUAAAGCUGUUCCCUCUUGUCCCAUCACUCCAGACCCUAGUGCAAAGUCCCUUCCUCAUUUAAAACCAUUUGGAAGGCGUCCAAAUUCUCCAAAGAGUCCUUUCUCCAGGCUCCCUCACCUUCAGCUCUCUCCAGAGCAGAUGUGCUCCAGCUCUUGGAGCAUCUUUGUGGCCUCCUCUGGACUCCAACAGCUUUGUCACCUUCUUCUGUUGUGGAUCCCAGAGCUGGAGGCAGCCCUGCAGGUGAGGUCUCACCAGAACAGAAUAUAGGGGGACAAAUGGACUGUAGAAGGGAGCAAGACAACCCAAGGCUCCUAAAGACCUCUGAUUCAUUUCCAGGAAGGUCUGAGAGAGCAGAUGUCACAUGAUAUCUAUGUUCCAUUAAGAAGUGAGAAACCUGUUUUCAGGUCAGGAAAAUUUAUAUAUAAAAGGGUACCCACUGCCACUUGCUUAUAGAGUAGUUUAGGGACUAACAUAACAAUUUCCAUGCCAAGUGUGUAAUAUACUAAUAAAACCAUGUAGAAUUUUAC